AUGAUGGCUACCUUACCCUUCCGGGACAUCAACGUACAUGCCUCCGCCUCGCAUUACGCCUUUACCUCACCCUCUACCCCUUCCGCGCCAUCGUUGGUAGUCGACCGUCCGACAGGAGAUCUACGUCUGAAUGAUGGGGGGCUCCUCGGAGGGAAACGUGUUUCGAGUAUUGCUGGUAUCCUAGGGACGAUCAAGUUGCGACUGGACAAGUAUAUUAUUGUGAUUACAAAGGCGCAACCCAUGGGCAGAGUGAAAGGACAUAUGAUCUACAAAGUCGUUGCCACGGAAUUCCUCCCUUUGCGUGAGCGACCGCUCCAUGAUCCAGAGGAGGAUAACUACCUGGGCCUACUGAAGACAUUCAUCAAGUCCAGCCCUAUGUACUUCUCCUACUCCUUUGAUAUCACAAACACCUUCCAGCGACAGUCCCAAAUAGACCAUUCUGCCCCUCUCUGGAAACGAGCCGAUGAUCGUUUCUUCUGGAACAAGUUUAUCCAAUCUGAUUUGAUCGACUUCCGCUCCUCGGGGACUCGCAACCAAACUGGCCAGCAGCCUGGUGUUGAUGCAUAUAUACUUCCCGUCAUGUUCGGCAUGCUUGAGAUUGCUUCCACAAGCGUCAAGUCAACUCCCUUGACAAUGGUCCUGAUUACUCGGCGGUCACGUCACCGCGCAGGCACAAGAUACUUCUCGAGGGGAAUCGAUGAACAGGGCCAUGUGUCGAAUUUCAACGAGACGGAGCAGAUCAUCAUCUUGAAUGAUAGUAUGAGCGGCCUUGGCGGUUUUGCUGGCGGUAACGGUAUGCAGAAUGGCAAGGUUGGGGGCACAGGAGGAAAGGAAGUGCAGAUCAUGUCCUACGUCCAGACCAGAGGAAGCGUUCCAGUGUACUGGGCUGAGGUCAAUACUUUGCACUACACCCCCAAGCUCCAGAUCCGAGGUGUGGAGACGGCAGUCAAGUCUGCUAGGUUACAUUUCGAGGAACAGAUCCGCCUGUAUGGUGACAACUACUUAGUCAACCUGGUCAAUCAAAAGGGACGAGAGAUGCGAGUCAAGGAGGCAUAUGAGCAGAUGGUCAAGCUCCUUGUUUCCUCGCCAGCCGAACGAACUCAGCAAGACGAGCUUUCUGAUGAGAAGUUCCAUGUUGUUGAACCAUCUGGCCGACGAUCAGAGAUGGACCGGCUGCACUACGUCUACUUUGAUUUUCACAAUGAAACAAAGGGCCUGCAAUGGCACCGAGCACAGAUUCUUCUGGAUCGCCUCCACGAAUCGCUAGAAAAGCAGCAAUACUUCCGUGGUGUUGACAUGCCAGCUGAUCUAGAAGGUCGUCUCGAAGUCCGAAAUCACCAAACCAGCGUCGUGCGUACCAACUGCAUGGAUUGCCUUGAUCGUACCAACGUCGUCCAAAGCAUGCUGGCUCGUUACACUCUCAACCGCCAACUCACAGAUCUGGGCGUCCUCUCCCGCGGCGACACCUUCACCUCCGAUCCCGAGUUCGAGAUUCUUUUCCGAAAGCUUUGGGCAGACAACGCCGACAUUGUAUCGAGAUCGUACUCAGGAACCGGUGCUCUGAAGACUGAUUUCACUCGUACCGGACAGAGAACUAAAGCCGGUGCUCUCCAAGACCUCCGAAAUUCCAUCACGAGAUACAUCAAAAACAACUUUAGUGAUGGUCCCAAGCAAGAUGCUUUCGAUCUCUUCCUAGGCAACUACCUUCCUAACUCCUCCUCCACACCCGUUUUUGCCGAUCAACGACCACUUCUUAUUCAAUCGAUUCCUUACAUCCUGGCUUUCGCCAUCUUUUUUGUUUGCGUCGGUACCUUUUCACCCCGUCUCCCUGACGCUGCUGUUCUGCCUGUCCGGAUCUUCGUCGUGUUCUGGUUCGUAGUUGCAGGAUGGUGUUUGAACUUCAUCUACAGCCACGGGAUGCUUUACGUAAACUGGCCCAAGCUCAACCCUAGACCAUGGGCAACAGAAGGCUACAACGAAGCUAUCACCAACGCACGCAAGGACAAACUCAUCGGGGCUCUCGUCGCUAGACACGAGCGAGGACUAAGCACGGCGCGCUUCACAAACGCAGAGGAGGGCAAAAAGAGGAUUGAAUGA